AUGAAAGGGGGUGAGAGCGGGUUUCAUGGCAAGAACUCCAGCAAGAUCGUCUCGCCUAGCAACAGCACCGCAACCCAACCGGCGCCCUCCGCCUCUUGCACCAAAAAUGUCCGGGUCGAAUGGAACAACAUGGCCGAGGCCGACAAGCUCUGGUAUGUCCAGUCGGCCAGGUGUUUGAUGGACGCGCCACCACUUGGCGUGUGGGCCGAGGCAAGGAGCAUCUGGGACGAGAUGGCAUGGGUCCACGACUACGUGACCCCGGGAGUCCAUCGCGUCGACGUCUUUCUGCCCUGGCAUCGGUACUUCAUACACCUGUACAAAACCCUUCUGGCCGGACACUGCGCCUACACGGGCCCCAUCCCGUGGUUGCGGGAGUCCAACUACGCAGGCAACUUUGCCGGGUCGGGUGCCUUCCAGCCUAAGUAUUUUGGCUCGCUGCCGCCGCUCUCUGACAAGGGCGAAGGCACAUGCAUUACCGACGGUCCAUUCGCCAACACCACAGUUCCCGUCGGUCCCAAUGCCCCGUCGUGUCUCUCUCGCGGCGAGAAUAAAGAAAUCACGGCCAACGCCACGAUGGCGGCGGUGGAGCUCUGUCAUGGCGAUGCAAACACCAGGUACACACAGCACCGACGCUGCGUCGAACGGACGAUCCACGCCACCGGGCAUGUGGGAAUUGGCCCUACCAUGUCGCUCUUCUCCACGUCCCCUGGGGAUCCCGCGUUCUUUUUGCACCACGGCUUCGUGGAUUGGCAGUGGAAGCGCUGGCAGGAUGCUGAUGGCGCUCGCUCGACUUCGGUUUCCGGUUGCGUAGAGUACCCCGAGGAGGACUCUGAUGACGCCCCAUGCGUCCCUAUGACUCGAGACACGGUGUUGACGUCGAUGGGGUUGGUACCCGACUUGACGGUGGGCGACGUAAUCGACACGGAGAAUGACAUCUUGUGUUACACAUACGAUGAGUUCUGA